AUGUCGACCAAGAGGAUCCCCCUCUCCGCCAGCAACCCUAAUGUGGCCAAUUCGCCAAUGCGAGCCCUUGCGGGCAUCAAUGGCCUCAAAAAGGGUCGCUUGCAUGCGGACACGGUGCGGGAGGAGCCUUAUGGCCAGCCUCCGCCGGCGAAACGCCAGAUGAUCGAGCGUGGGGUGGCCUCGCCGUCACGACCCAAGACCCGAACCAUCGUCCACCGAGCGGCGGGGGCGGCGACGCGGACGACGGCGAGCACUGCCACGACACAGAGGGCGUCCGUUGCUUCUCUGAUUCCUGCGACCGAGGAGGAGUUGGCGAACCUGCGGACCUGGCACAACCAAAUCCGCAGCCGGUUCCCAAAAAUGGUUUUCUAUUUCGAGGGCAUCAUCGAAGACGAGCUUCGGGCCAAGCUCGCGAAAAAGAUUGGCCGCUUGGGUGCUCACGAGGAGAAGUUUUUCUCUAUCAACAUCACCCACGUCGUCACGAACCGGCCCAUCCCACCAGAAAAAACCAAGGGCGAACACGAAGGAGAGACGGAUCCCCACGGCGACAACGAGCAGCCCAAGACGAUUGACCCUUCGCUUCUCAACCGGCCCGCAGAUCCGACUAGGAGGAAGUUGACAUAUGACACGGCGCCUGUAAGCCGAAAACCUUCGGUCCUGAAUCAGGAUGACCCCCUCGGGCGGCCUAAGACGCGUAGCACCGAUGUCCUGGACCGGGCUCGCGACAUGGGCAAGAAGAUAUGGUCGCUGGAAAAGCUGACCAAAAUUCUGGAACUUGCCUUGUACCCGAACCGGUACAUUAAUACACGGGGCCUUGGCACAAUGCAGAGCACCAGCAAGGCAGCUGACGGCGAACGCAACUUGGCUCGGCUUCUGGAGCACGAACGCGAGCAUGGCCCCACAGAUCGCGAUCUCACCGUGUCGAGCAAUGACUUGGUGAAGUUCACGGGUCCUUACAUCUACGUGUACGACCUCGAGGAAAAGACCAAGCCUAUCAUGAUCAAGGAAUACCGGAAAGCUGCCGACCCCAAGGACCAGGAGUGGCCGCAGUUCCGCGUCACGUCGCAAGGUCGAUGUCCGUUUGUCCUUGAUGAGAGUCACGAUCACCCUGAAAAGGAGGUUCGAACCAGAACGCGGGCUGCCAAGGUCGCUGGUGAGGCAGCGGAGCCGGCGGCGCCAAAGCACAAAGCGUCCGAGAUUCUGUUGAAGAACACGGCAGGCAAACGCACCUUGGCCGAGAUGGAAGAUGGGCACAAUAGAGGAACCGCGGGUACUCGGUUGACCGAGUCGUUCGACCGGUCCAAAAUCGCGAAUCCCCCUUCGCUGGAGUUCCGUUCCCAGAACGCGUUUAUCAGCCAUGCCAAGGCCGGCCGUUUCCUGGCCGGUGAGCCCGUGGCAUCGGGUCUGCAGCCAUCCAACGUCACGUCAGCGAUUCGGUCGCAAAUGAUAUCGUCCACUACGGGUGGCGUGUUGGGAGCGAAGGCCGGGACGAGCAAGGAGAUCCACGGCCUUCAGCGGAAGGUUGUCAUAUCCCAGGAUCCAAGCUCUCGCCGGAUGGUCGAGUUGAGCCAUGAUAACGGCACGUUUGUCCGCUCAACCAGCUUCAGUCAAACAAUACAGCGGAAACUUGACCCAGUCCACGAAGAGGGGACGUCAAGACAAAGAGAGAAGCUGCGCCGCACCGCCAGCGUCCCGGUGCCCCAGGCGAGGAAGCGUGAUCUUAAGCCCGGCUACUGCGAGAAUUGUCAGGACAAGUUUGCUGAUUUUGAAGAGCAUAUUCUCUCUCGCAAACACCGCAAGUUCGCCGAGGACGACAACAACUGGGUGGAUCUAGACAACCUCCUAUCUCAACUCGCGCUAUAUCCCAUGGUGUCCAAGUCCAAUUCGCGGGCAGGAAGAAGGCGCUUCGCUUCUACUCGCCGCAUGUACCGGUUCUGGAUCAAGCUCCCGGAACCAGCUGAGAAAGACGCCAAUCCCCUGUUGACGUUCGGCAUCAUGGGUGCGGAACGGGCUGCAUACACACUCUUGAUCAAACCAGCAGAGCGACGCUCAGAUGUCAUCGUUCGCGCGAUUGCUUGCACCUACCCGCCAGCCGCCGAAAAGUUCCGCAGCAGAAACGACAUCCCCAUAGCGUAUACCAGCUACGACAGAAUCCUCCAAGACCAGGAAAUCAACGCAGUCCUCAUCUGUCUCCCACUCGACUUGCGCUACGAGUGGGCCUACAAGGCUCUCGCAAGCGGUAGACACGUCCUGCUCGACUCACCCGGCACCGGCAACCUCCGAGACAUGUUCCUCCUCUAUUGCGACUAUAAGGAACUCUAUAGCACCUUUCUGGCGCCCCCCGUCCUCCUCAAGGCCUCCCCAUACCUCUUCCACCCGAGCUGGCAAGAGUUUGAAAGCAAGCUUGACAGGCCCAAGCUCGUGAAAGUCACCGUCAACAUCUUGCUACCAACGACAAUCACAGAGGACAAGGAGGCCCGGUUCCGGUACGAGCACGCGGGCGGCUGUGGCAUGGGCGUGAUGCACGCCAUGUCGCUGUUGCGCGACUUCCCGCGCGGCGCCAUCGGCGAGGUGAGAGGCAGAUCCCGGAUGUCGAUGCGCGGGGGCUAUCCCCACGGCUCCACGGCAGCGGGCGUCACCAUCGACGCCCUCCACCGCGCCGACCACCCCAACCCGCCGCCCGGGCAGCGGGUAAUCGAAGAGCGCACCGUCACGCUGCGCUACUCGCGGGGCGGCCCGUCCCACCACGUCAUCCGCGUGCGCACCGACCGCGAACACAAGAACGCCCGCAACGGCCGCACUCUCCAGCGCAGCAUCACCACCCAGACGCACAAAGCCUACGAGCCCCGCCGCAACCCGAAGCAGCUCCCGCCCGUGCCGCAGCCCAAGGCCGACUGGACCGCCCCCAUGUACCAGCUCGACGCCUUCGUCCGCCGCGCCCGCAACCCCCUGCCCCCGGGCAUCGAGCCCCUGCACCCCCCCCCUUGGGUCGAGGCCGACGCCGCCUGCGGCCUGGGCGCAACGCUCGGCGGAGGAGUAGAGCUCGGGUCGGGCGUGGCGGAAGGGGCCGGUUCUGAGGCGGAGUUCGGCGCGGGGGGAGGGUUUGGGUCAGGCGCAGGGGCAGGGUUCGGUGGAGGAGCAGGGCCCGGCUCGGUCGCGGAGCGCGUCUCUCGUACAGAGCUCGUCCCUGCCGCCACCGGAGGUUUCGGCCCCGAAGCAGAGUUUGGCUCGGGAGCAGAGUUCGGCUCGGGCGCAGCCGCACGGUUUGGUUCAGGAGAACACCGCGUCCCAGACGCGGCCGCCGAUCCCGAGGCGAAAUCCGGCUCGCGCGCAAAGUUCAGCUCAGGGGCGGGGGCGGGGUGGUUCGGUUCAGGCGCAGAACGCAUCCCAGACGCGGCCGCCGAUCCCGAGGCGAAAUCCGGCUCGGAGGCAGAGUUUGGCUCGGGCGCAGAGCUCGUCUCAGGUGCAGAGCUUGUCUCAAGGGCAGAGCUCGCGUCAGGUACGGAGCUUGUCCCAGCCGCAGGUUCUGGUUGCGGGGCAGAGUUUGGUACGGGGGCCGAGUUUUGUGCAGGCACAAAGCUCGUCCCGGGAACUGAGUUCGUCCCAGCCGCAGCUGCAGAUUCAGGUCCAAAGACAGAGUUCGACUCGGGGACCGAGUUUCAUCCAGGCGCAAAGCUCAUCUCAGGCGCAGAACUCGUCCCGGGCACGGAGCUCGUCCCAACCGGAGGUUCCGACCCCAAGGCAUUCUUCGGCUCGGGAGCGGGGUUUGCCCUUAACACCAAUGCCGCCAAUACCGCUGGUGCCGCCGGUGCCGCCGGUAACGGUGGGCGGGCCUUCCCGGGGCGAAAGCUCGUCACAGGCACAGAAUACGGCUCGGGUACAGUUUCCGACUCGGGAACGGAUAGCGGCCCCCGUGCAAGACCGUACUCGGAGGCAACAGCCGGCUCCGGAGCCAGGCCGGACUCGGUGGCGGGGGCGCUUUCGAGGGCCUGGGAUGAUUUAGCGCCAGGGGUUGAGCUUGACAAGCUGGCCAAACCAACACCAUGCAAUAGGGAGAUCCGACAAUUUGUUGUGAUCAAGGGGGUUGAGAAGCAUUGA